AAUACUUUAUUCGAUUUGAAGAUUAUGACUUGCAUUGCGGGUCCACCGUCCACGGGAGCUCUUAUGCAGAUCAGACGGUUGAGGUCUCUCGUGCAAAAUGCCUAAAAAAUAAAUUCUUUAUUAAAUAAAAUGCUCACACGCCUGACGCCGCUAUAGAGAGAGACCGGAUCUGCUCCUCACAUAGGACGAUUCCCGAAAGCAGCAUCUGCACAAAGGGGUUCACGUGAACCGGUGGGUUCACGGGAAGUGUGAACCCGCCAAUAAGAAACGCCCAUGCCGGCAUGUUCAAAAUUUACCCCGAAUAUCAAUAAAAAGUAAUAUUUUUAUAAAAUAACUUUUCUGAAAAAAUAUCAGAAGGGGCAAAGGCACUGUUCAUCGUCUUGUAUUAAUGCCAACCAUUUCAAUGGAUCAAUGGGUCCCGACAGUCCAUCCCUCUCCUAGAAACCCUUUAUAAUAUAAAGCGGGGACACGUCGUGCUUGGUCCGACAUACAUGACGAGCUCUUUCUUUCUGAAAUCAGAUACCGAUUUUCUAAUUAAUCUUUGAUCGUCUGUUAAAGCAAACGAAAAUGCAGGUCAUGAGGGAUACCGUCUCAAACAUUGCCGACACGGCCAUUGCCAGGGUGGACAAAACCAAAGAGCAGGUGAGCAGAAUGAUCGGUACCGGCGAUAAUCAGCAGCAGCUGGGUGAUAGUAAUAGAGGAGGCAGUGGUAGAAACGCAGGCGACACCGGUCUGGCAUCUGAAGACGACGGCCUAGGUGCUUGGUUUGCAGGGAAUGAAGCCAAUGCGGGCUGGUCAAACACGGGAGGCGAAUGCCGCGUAUUUGUUUUGUUAGGCCUUGUCGCUGCAGCUUUAAAGCUCAAAAGCUACCAAAAAAAAUGCCGUGAAUCAAAAGUUUGGAAACUGACCCCGUUUCAGAAGCUCGAUUUCAAGGUAGAAACGUUCGAAUGCUUGAAAAAAGAGAACAUCAUCCGAAAAGGUGGCAUCGGAAUCGUCUAUCGUGGGUCCAUGCCGGAUGGUGUGGACGUGGCCAACGUUUCCAAGAAAAACUGAAAAUCCCUUUAUUGUGUCCGUUGGUUGGUCCGGAGCUGAUUACCGGCUACAGUCGGUAAUGCUAUGGUCUGCCAGUUCCACUUUAAAUCAGACCUCGACCAGUUUCUGAAUCAGCUGAUGCCCGAGAUUGAACCAGACUACUGCUGCUGGAGAUGAACGGUCUAAGCCACCUUGCAAUCGGACUCAUCGUCGUAUUCGCCCUCGCCUUCGUUGCUGUGAUAGCUCAGAUCCUUUACGUCUUCUGCUGUCACCAAAAAUUCCGACAACAAAACUCCACCGACGAACCUGACUUUACCGGGGAUCCUUUUGCCAGCCCUUCCAAGGAGUUGCUCAACUUCUUUUGCUGAAGAACCAGUCUCGCAUAAAGCCCAUCGUAUUUUCAACCUCCCGUAAAAGUUUUAGAAGAAACAAGCAUUAAUUUCUGUCUAACCUUGAGAGAGAAAUAACGACGAGAAUGGAAAACUCAAUUGCAAAUUUGACUAAAAAGUUAACCAUAUAGCAAUUUUUUUUGGUUUAAAACGGGGGUGUAAAGAAGAAGAAGAAGAUGGGUUGUUGUUAAUCAAGAGUGGAGAAAGAACAAAUGGUUUCGUGUUACAGGGCUUGAAGAGGAUAAUGGAACAGUUUGUGAAUGCCAAACAAGCCUUCUCUGCAGCACAUACUAUAUAUCUUCGAUCCCUCGGAGGCUCUGGUUCUGCAAUGCUUCAGUUUGCUAAUGCCGAGUAAGCACAAAGUAUUCAGAGGGAACUCAAAAGACGUAUUUGUUAAUGCGUGAGUGUUGAGGUAUCUCUGACACGCCGAAACGCCAAUCUCCACUGUCACCACGAUCCCCAACACCACCUGCCUUUUAUUCUCCUCUCACCACCACUGCCACCGCCGACUCUGCCGCCACCACCACUGCCUAUGAGCCCGAGUUCUGAUAACUAGACUUCCAUCACUGCUCUCCCGCUCUACCUCCUCCACCACCACCUUCAAGUUGGGAUUUUUGGGACUCAUUUGCUCCCUCUUCGUCAAGAUCCGCCAUUGAAGAGGAAUGGGAAGCCACCACAACUUUAUACGAGGUCCCUGUUCCUACAGUUGGGGCCAGCGUAACUUCUCCACCUUUUGUUGUCAAUGUGUAUUCAAAAGAUACCAAAAGCGAGCUUGCCAUGGUGGUCUCGAAGAACAGUAAAGAUCUCGUUGAUAUUAUUAAAGAGCUUGAUGAGUAUUUCCUCAAGGCAUUUGACACUAGAGGCCAUGUUUCAUUGCUCUUAGAAGUACCGCAUUGUGGUUUUGCUGUUCAGUAAACGACAGGCAAGCCCUAGCCCAGAAGCAUCCACCGGCGACCAGCGAUCUCCUGAACGCGAAAGCCACCGAUGGCAGCAUGAAAUCAACUUGGUGCGUUCUGUAGGUGGUUCUUCAUUACCCAUUUAUUUGGAUUCAGAAUCUAACCAAGCCCAGCUAUUUCUUUGUUCUUAGUUCUUUUUGUCCUUUUGUGCCCGGUCAAUCGGACUCUUUCAGCUUACAGUCAAAUAUCCGUUAAAUUAGUGAAUUUUAA